AAUUCAAUGUGCACAGGCGCGGCCAUCUAGAGAAGAAAACUCAAAUUCCCGCUGUGUAAUCUGAAAUUCAAACUUUCAAAAACCCUCCAAUGGCUUAUUUCCACCCCGCCAUACUCAACAAACCCUUUCUUAACGGCUCCUUCUUCUCCAAUAUAACACAAAACUUUUCUCUCUUCCUGCAGAGCUUGGUUAAACACAAUUGAAUUUGUUUCGUCGAAGAAAAAAAAAAGAGACUAUGGCGUUAGCUUCAGAUCCUUCGAAAGAAUCUAGAUCUACUUAUUGUCGAAAACAGAAAUCUCUCGGUCUUUUAUGUUCUAAUUUCUUGAGCUUGUACAAUCGGGAAGGUGUGGAAACUAUUGGGCUUGAUGAUGCUGCUCAGAGAUUGGGGGUUGAAAGACGGCGGAUCUAUGAUAUUGUGAAUGUACUGGAAAGCAUUGGUGUUCUUGCAAGGAAGGCUAAGAAUAGGUAUUCAUGGAAAGGGUUUGGAGCAAUUCCGAGGACUUUGGAACAGUUGAAGGAAGAGGGUUUAAAGGAGAAUGGCAGUGGAUUUGAUGGAUCUAGCUCUGCCAAGGGUUCAGAUGAUGAUGAGGAUGAUAGAGAUUCCAACCUAAUCGCUUCGAGCCAGACUGAUAAACUAAGCUCCAACUCUGGUGUCAACUCUGCAGCGCCACUUAAAUCUGAAAAUAGGAGAGAAAAAUCAUUGGGACUACUUACACAGAAUUUUGUCAAGCUCUUCCUCUGCACCAAUGUUGACAUGAUUUGCCUUGAUGAGGCAGCAAAGAUAUUGUUAGGAGAUGGGAGGCCUCCUGCGAUGACAAGAACUAAAGUUAGGAGGCUGUAUGAUAUUGCAAAUGUUUUGUCUUCAAUGAAAUUUAUUGAGAAGACCCAUCACCCAGAGACGAGGAAACCUGCAUUUAGAUGGUUGGGGCAGAGAGAAAGAUCAGAAGAUAAAUCAGUUGAUGCUCUUUGUGCUAACGAGUCCAAGAAAAGGGUAUUUGGGACUGAGCUUACUAACACAACCAUCAAGAGGAGCAGAGUUACUCUACCUAUGGAUGGCAUAUCAGAUGAACUAACUAGGAAACAAUUGCUAACUGAAGUGAAAUGUGAGCACCUGGAGAAUGAUUUUCACAUUCCUAAACAGGAGCCUGGUUUAACAACAAGCAAAAAAAGUUACCACUUUGGUCCAUUUGCUCCUCCAACCGUACCUCAAGUUGAAGUUUCUGAGACUGACAGAAUGAAACGGGUUCAUGACUGGGAAAGUCUAGCCUCCAGUUACCGUCCUCAAUAUCAUAACCAAGCACUGAAAGAUCUCUUUGCACAUUAUGUGGAAGCAUGGAAAUCAUGGUACUUGGAAGUUGCUGGGAAGAACCCAAUUCAGCUGAUCUCCUGAUGUGCUCUUUCUUGAUAGAUAAGAAUAUGAUAUUAAAGAUAGCUUCACAAACUAGACAUAAUCGAAUGCACAUGCUCGUUGCAUUCAACAGUAAUUUAAUGUACAUUUUUUAUCUUUUCGGUUAAUAGUGAUUCUUGAAAGCAUUCAAAUGCUUUUGUAACCCAA